GUUAAUCUGUGAUGCAACAUCAAAAUAAUUGGAGGGGGAAGGAGGGAAGGUUGUGACAGAGGAAGUGAUGGUGUCAUUGUCAGCUGAAGUACCUGUAUCGUAACGGAUCCUCAUCAAGAUCGAGACCAGACGAGACGAGCAGCGUUUACAAGCCACAAGUUCAGACACUAUGUCCGUCUCCGACAGUCCUCCGUCCUCCAUCUGUAUGUUUGCUCUCCAUCAUCAGUCCUCCAGCUCUCAGGACUCGGGUCUGUACGGUCAGCACAUGGUCUUCCCCAAAACACCAGACGGCCGGAGCAUGGAGCAGAUGAUGGGCUUCGUCCCGUACUCCUCGUGUGUGACCCCCAGCAGCUCGGAGCGAGAGGAUUUUUCGCAGUUCGUUCUGCCGCCCCCGGCGUCCACCCUGCAUCCGUCCGGACAGAAGCGCCGGCCGAGCAAAGACAGCGUGGAGUACCGUCAGCGCAGAGAGCGCAACAACAUCGCGGUGAGAAAGAGUCGCGAUAAAGCGCGGCGUCGGGUCCAGAUGACCCAACAGAGGGCGCUACAGCUCCAGGACGAGAACCAACGCCUGCAGCUGCACAUCCAGCAUCUGUCGCACGAGGUGGAUUCACUCAGACACUAUCUGUCACAGCGCCACCUACAGGCCAGAGAGCAGGACACCGCCGGAGAGGACGUCUGCUGAGACCGAACGAGUCAUUCUGGAUUCGCUUUCUGAUUUCCAUAAUAGUUUCAGUCGAUGGGAUGGGUAAACAUGACUUCUCAAAGUGAACUUGGGAAAUAAUACCCAUUUCUGUUGUCCACCUACUGUAAAUCACAUCUGAUGAGCUUUUCAUUGAAAGUAAUGCUUUGUGUUACUUUUGCGUUACUUUUUAAAUCUGAGCUGGGUUUCCUUGUUUGCUUUUAAUAUAAAAAGUUCAAUUUCUGGCAAAUUUAAAAGCCCUUUCGCAACAAAAGCCUUCGUCUGGACAGUAGAACGCAGAAUAAAAAGUUAAAUAUUAAAUGACGAAGAAAUGUACGUUUAUCUUGUGUAAUUUUUGCUUGG